AUGCCUCGCGGCUGGUACCUAGCCCAAGGGCUGAUCCCACUCGGUGAAAGCAGUAGCGACGACGAGGAGGGGCCCUGUGAGCUCCCUAAUGGUCGCGUGGUCUGUGGCCCUCAUGGUCUGGUUGUCUGCCCCCGGUGCUUCUCGGACUACAGCUUCAUGGAUGAUGUUAUUAGUGGAAGCUCCGAUGAUGAAGAUACCGACGCGGAAGAUGAGGAUGAGGAUGAGGAUGACUUCACAAACGACAACAUUCCUUUGGCACCCCCGAGCGUUGGCCUAGACCUGAUUCGAGGAACCGGGCAAGUCUUUCCUACCAAAUUCAUCCCAGCAGCUCCGCUUGCUCCUCUGGAGCUGUUCUCUGGCCGGAAAGCCCAUAUGGCUGUGACAAGAAUCACUCUCCGAAAUGACACUGGUACCUGCCUGAUCCGCACAGACGGUGCUUGCCUGAACAACGGACAACGAAACCCAACCGCCGGCUGCGGUUUCUGGCACGGACUUGGUCCGUCGGGUGACCAGCUCACUGCAUCGUUCCGUUUAGAGAAGCAAGGCCCCUUCGGCGAUCCCCACGACCAGACCAGCAACCGGGCAGAACUCCGUGCUGUCAUUGCAGCCUUGCGCUUUCGGUAUUGGCCCGGAGAGGAUUUCCACACGCUCGUCAUUGCCACGGAUUCUGAAUAUGUGGUCGAGGGAUGCACCACCUGGGCUCGGACAUGGAUCCGGAACGGCUGGAGGACGCGGUUGGGGCCCGUCAAGAAUAAGGAUAUGUGGGAGGCUCUACUGGGGGAGGUUGAGCGUUUUGACCACAACGGGAUGGCUGUCAAAUUCUGGAGAAUUCCAAGAGAGGCGAAUAUGGUUGCUGAUGCAGCUGCAAAGAGCGGUGCAGGGAACCGAGAUGCACCUGAAGAAUGGGGUGACAUCUACGGGCUGGUUUCCUGA